GUGUGUUUCAUUCUUUUUAACUUUUUCAGCCGUCAGAAAGUUAAACGGGAGCGUUCUUCUUCUCUAUCGUUAUCUCGAUCAAGAUCGAGAAGUAGGUCCCCACGCCGGGUUCGCGUACGCUCAAAACGGGUUGUCAUUGCCAACAUACCAUAUGAUGUAAGCUGGCAGAAAUUGAAGGAGCUUUUUCGAGAGAAAAGUGCACUAAUGGAAUUUCGAACGUAUGACGGAGCAGAAAAGGCGAUAGAAAUGAUGCAUCGCUUCGAAAUUGGAGACCGCAAGCUAGUAGUUAGAGAAGAGACACAUCGUGACAUUGAAAGAAUGGCGGAAAUGGAAUCAGAUGCUCCGGGUGACCAGGGCCAUCUUAAUAUGCCUAACCCAGUCACCGCAAAUGCCGUCGCAAUGAAUAAUCCUGCAUUGGCCGCCAUUGGUUCAGUGACUCCUGCUAUGCUCGAGCGUAUGGGCAUCGAGGGGCCUAUAACAGAUUCUAUUUACGUCAGUAAUUUGGACUACAAAGUCACUUGGCAAAAACUCAAAGAUGUUUUCAAGCUCGCUGGCCGCGUGAUGAACGCUACUAUCAAGGAAGAUGGCGACAAAAAGUCUCGCGGAUUCGGUGUCGUCAAAUUUGAGCAUCCGUAUGAGGCGGUUCAAGCCAUCACAAUGUUCAAUAACCAACAACUCAACGGCAGGACAAUGCGCGUCAAAAUUGACAGGGAAGGCAAUCCUGCCCCUCCCUAUUUGCCCUUGUUUCCACCUACUCCUGGUGGUAUGGCUGCAAGCGCAGCGUUCCUUGGUAUGGUAACAAGCAAAGCCUCUUCAGGUGGUGGGCUUGGUGGGUUUAAUUCCAAUGCUCUUUCUGGUGCCCCGGUAAAUCGGGGUGGGAUAGGAGCCGGGGUUAUGCCUCAGCAAAGUGCGGCUGCCGCCGCUGCUAUAGCUGAUCUCCUUGGGGGAGGAAGUAACUCGGGUGGUCCUGGACUUCCUGGAAACUCCGCGCCCAAUGUUGGAAUCGGUCGAAGUGCAGCCGCCGAUCUCUUGGUCGCCAUGUCAGGUGCCAACUCAGGCCCUGUUGGGGGUGGUGGACGAGACUUGAUGAUGAUGAACUUAAUGCAGCAACAACAGCAACAGCAAAUGGCUCCGGCCGCCGGUAUGCCCGGGGGUGGGAUGGCUACACUUGCAUCCUUAAGGGGGUUUGGUAGCGGUGGUGGCAUGGAUUCUAUGAUGGAAGGUGGCGUAUCUCGGUUCGGCUCUGCUAUGGGUGGCGGAAUCAGCAACGCUAAUCUUGGGGGUGCAUCCUCAGGAAUAGGAGGUACUGGGGCCGGGCUAUCUACAGCCAAUCAAGGUUUGCAACAGUUAAUAAUGGCGGCUGCGGCAGGGGGCAUGACUCCAGAUCAGCUGGAUAAAAUAACUGUUCAGUUAGGAAUCCACUCUGCCGGAUCGAUAAGUGGAGGGAACAUAAACGAGAUGCUUGGUAACCGAGGAAAUUUCGACGGUGGCUUCAUGGGAUCCCGAGACGAUGACAUGAGAAGAAUGGACGAUAGGCGUCCGCGAGAUAGAUAUGAUGAUCGUCCUGGUUAG